CCUUCUGCGUCAGUCGUUCGCGAAGCCUCGCAUGCGGUGGAUUGUGCGUAGUACGCUGAUUGUUUUUCGCCGUGUUCGCUCUCGCCCUUUCUUGGCUACCCCUCGUGAAAACCCGUAAAGGAAGAACGGUGCGCCUCGGGGGCGCUGCCGCAAGUGGAAGGUGCCGAAUUUCAUCGCGGUGAUCGACUCUGUACCCGGUUGUCCACACGGUCAAUAAUGAGGGACAUGGCGGGCAAGAUCUCCGAGUUGAAGUUCGAGGCACCCCUCGCACGCUUCGAGGAGGAAGACACGGCCAGCUUGAAGAAUAUGAAUCUGCUGACAGAACAAUUGCUGGACGCCAGUCUGGAGGCGGAUUACGGCGAGAAUUGCAACGCGAACGAGCCGCCUACGACGACCAACGAAAAUGGCACCGCCGAUACCCUCCACGAGGGGACGUUCAGCCCCUUCAGCGGUAGUCUCGAGGACCUUGUUAAUACCUUUGACGAGAAGAUAACAUCUUGCUUUCGCGAUUACGGGACCGACGUCGAAUCUUUGGCGCCCGUGCAGGUGCGAACGCAAGAGGAGAUCAUGAACGAGUGCCAAAUGUGGUGGACGAUUACCGGGACUUUCGGUAACAUACUACCAAUCGACUGGAGUAAAUCGUACGCGAGGAAAAUGCACAUGCCCGCGCUCAACCUGAACGAGGCUCCGAUCUCGAACGACAGACCGGAACUAGAGGAUUUAAGUAGCGAAGACGAGGCUGUCGCAACUGAUUUGGACAUGCAUGCUUUGAUCUUGUCCAGCAGCACCGACACGCACAGCCCAGAGGAACCGUUGAAGACUGCCGAGGAAGUUCUCCGUGAAAUAGACGACAUAAUGCAGGAGAGUUCAUCGAUGGAGAGAUCGCCAGACUCGGAUGGUUCCUUAUUGGACAGCGACGAAGCGCUGGAGAGGAGCAGAGAGGUUCUCGGUUCGCCGCUUCACGAAAAAAAACUGAAACAACUCAGCUCUGGUCAACUCAUAGAGCUCCUCGGUGAGAUGGAAUCGUUGGUGGGGGCUCUGAGCGAAACUCUGAUCGCCGAAUUAGCGCUAAGGGACGAAUUAGAGUACGAGAAGGAGCUGAAAAAUCAGUUCGUCUCGUUGUUGUUAGCAGUACAAAACCGUCGUAGGCAGCACCACGUUACGAAAAAGCGAAAUCAAAUGCAGAAUGGUACUAGUCCUUUGCCACAGCAUAGAUCUCUACAGGAAUCUAAGUAUUUGACGACUGUAAUCCCAUACCAUACGGAUAGUGGCCCGCCAGACAACCAAACCUUACAGGUUCUCAUAAAAAUAUUAAAAGCGAUUAACGAAGAUAGCCCAACCGUACCUACUUUAUUAACGGCUUAUAUACUCAAAGUCCUCUGUCCCACUUAGUGAGAAUACCGUAAAACUUACGGGAAGAUCGAUGGAAAUCAGGAAAAAAAAGAUAUUAAAUAUUGAGGAAUACAAUUUGCUCUCUUCUUCUUGCCAGUACGCUUUCCGCCGUUGUUGUGCCGCAUACACUUGCGUUGAGGCAGGCGAUUUUUGCUUCUAAGUUGUGUCUCGAAUCACACUUUCUAUUGACCGUAGAGUUUAGGUAGGAUCCCGUGACACUCGCAUCUAGUCUUACUUUAUAUAUUAUAAUGUGUAUAUUGAUUUUACAUAAGAUACAAUUUCUGAUAAUCUAUGUAUGCGCUCUAUGGAAUACCUCUUAUUGUACGUGAAUUAUACGAUCUUCAUUUUUGUAUACGUCUACGCGGAUUUCGUGACGAAUUCAGUUUUUGUAAUUUUUUGUACAUAAAGAUUUUAUCGAAAUAUGUGUGAGCAAAGUUUACUAUAUCACCGAGAAUACGUAUAUUUAUCUAGAGAAAUAUACUUGACGACAUGUAGAGUUCGCUCUCUAUCAGAGGGAGGAGCAUAUUAAGCUUACGGAUUUAGUGUAUAUUGUUGUAAUGCCCAUAUGUAUCUAAGAUUAAAUUAACUAGUAACAUUGACGCGUAAAAAUAAACGCAUCUCGUUACUCGAAUCACUCCAUCACCAAUGUGUAAUUUACUUGAAAAGUGUUAACUAACUGUACCCGAGCUGGGAUUAAACAUUCUUAGCCUACAGCAACACAGUUGUUCUGAUGCAUUGUGCAAAUAUUAGAAAUAUUGUGUUUGUUGAAAUAAAGAAAUACAU